ACGAUGGAAAAAAGGGGAAAACAAACUGUGCAUGGUCAGUGGGAGUAUAUAACUACCACCACCCACUCACCAUUCCGGAAUUAUCUCUGAAUCACUCAUAAACCCUUUCUUCUUCAAAGCCACUCACUCUAGGAGAGAGACGACUAAAACGCACAGUCUCUCCUGAUCUGUAUUGUAUUUACUCCUAUUAUAUCACUGUGAGAAAGAGAGAGCGCGCGCAUUCCCACCAAUUAAUGCCUCUCUGCUCCAAACCGUGAUACUCUUUACCUUUAUCCUCUGCUUUGCGUAAUUUUGUUAUUUUCUUAUGGAGAUGGAUCUCAGCAAGGUUACUCUUGACAUUUUCACUAAGCUUGAACAGAAAUGGCUCUCUCACUGCGACACCUCCAGGAAGACUCGUAUCCUUAGCAUCGACGGUGGCGGUACCACUGCCAUUGUCGCCGCUGCUUCUAUUCUCCACCUCGAGCACCAGAUCCGCCUUCUAACCGGUGACCCUCACGCUCACAUCUCUGAUUUCUUCGACAUUGUCGCCGGAACUGGCAUCGGAGGCAUUCUCGCCGCCCUCCUUGUUGCCGAAGACGGCUCCGGCAGGCCGAUGUUCACUGCCAGAGACGCGGUUCAGUUUGUCACGGAGAAGAACUCGGAGCUCUUCGAGAUCAGGUACACCGGCGUUUUCAGGAGGAACAAGAGGUACUCGGGGAAGAGCAUGGAGAGGGUGUUGGAGGCUGCGUUUCGGAGGGAAGACGGUAAGGUGUUGACGAUGAAGGACACGUGUAAGCCUCUCCUUGUUCCUUGCUACGACCUCAAAACCUCUGCUCCUUUCGUUUUCUCACGCGCCGGAGCGUCUGAGUCUCCGAGCUUCGACUUCGAGCUGUGGAAAGUCUGCCGUGCCACGUCGGCAAGACCUAGCCUCUUCAAGCCGUUCAAUGUAGUGUCGGUGGACGGGAAAACCUCAUGCUCAGCCGUAGACGGCGGUUUGGUGAUGAACAAUCCAACAGCAGCUGCCGUGACGCACGUGCUACACAACAAACGAGAUUUCCCGUCAGUUAACGGCGUGGAUGACUUGCUUGUACUGUCGUUAGGAAACGGUUCAUCGACCAUGUCAUCUUCACCAGGGAGGAAACUCCGUCGUAACGGAGACUGUUCAACGUCAUGUGUGGUGGAUAUAGUGCUUGACGGCGUUUCCGAUACCGUCGACCAGAUGCUGGGGAACGCUUUCUGCUGGAACCGUACCGAUUACGUUAGAAUCCAGGCGAACGGUUUGACGAGCGGCGGAGCGGAGGAGUUGCUGAAAGAGAGAGGUGUGGAAACGGCGCCGUUUGGGGUAAAACGGUUACUAACGGAGAGUAACGGAGCAAGAAUCGAGGGUUUCGUGCAACGUCUCGUUGCUUCAGGAAAGUCAAGUCUACCUCCAAGUCCUUGCAAGGAAUCUGCCGUUAACCCUCUCGCUGACGGCCGUUAAGUUCCCUUUCUUAUUUUUAUUAUUAUAUUAUAAUCCUCCGACCGUGAUGUAAGUUUUUGUAACCAAACCCCAGCAUCUUCGAAUUAAUUAAUUAGCCUUUUCCUAAUGACUUUAGUUAAUUAAUAAUGAAUGAUAGACAUAUUUACUACUGA